AUGAUUAACGAAAUCACAAGCUCUCCGUUUUCUCUUCAUGUCAGCUACGGACCGGAUCGUCCAUCCGUCAUCACUCAACCGCACACAUCUUUUUACAUUGCCGGAAGCACGAUCAGGAUAACAUGUUCCACGGAGUCCCGCCCAGAUGCUGAAUUGAAUUGGGAACAGAAUGGUGCCCGCCUACAAAGUGGGCAUGAGGUCGUCCUCGACAGCGUCUCUGUGGCCCACACGGGAAAGUAUACUUGUGAGGCCUAUAACAGGGUUACAAAAAGGAAUAAUGCCUCAACCACGGAAAUCAUUGUGUUCGAGACAGUGACUGGGGUUACUGUCGUGGCCAGUGAUCCCAACCCCCUUGAAGACCCCGAUACCAUCACACUCAGCUGUCACGCGUCGGGCACUGUUCAGACACGGACAUGGGUCAAGGAUAACCAACCCAUCCAGGAAAACGGCAGAAUAUUUACAUCUCCCGACAAGGCGAAACUGACUAUAAUCAGAGCUAACAGAAACGACGCAGGGACGUACAAGUGCAUCGCCAGCAAUUCAUUCAGCAGUGGCGCUGGAGUGACCAACGUGCAAGUUUACUGCACCUUCGAUACAAAGACCGUAAACUCAUCAGAAUAUUAUGAAAAUGUCCAAAUGGAUGAACAGGGUGCAAGGAACAAUGCGCAGGAUGGAGACUCCACUUAUACGGGAAGGGGUAUAUAAACAUGAAGGCAGUCGUUCAGUCCACCCGGGACAGUGCCG